AUGGAGAGCGUGACGGACUACGAAGGCGCCACGGCCUUCCUGGGGGACUGGGGGCCUUUCCAAUGUGCCCGGGCCCUGCUGCUCUGCAUCACCAUGAUCCCCAACGGCUACGCCAGCCUGGUGCUGGUUUUUGCGGGCGACACGCCGGCCCACCGCUGCCUGGUGCCGGCGGGCCGAGCCAACCUGACGGAGGAGUGGCGCGACGCCAGCAUCCCCCUGGAGGAGGACGGCCGACCCGCCGAGUGCUCCCGCUACCAGUUGGAGGCUCUGCGGGCUUACUCGGAGGCGGGCUGGCUGCCCUCCCACGUCAACCUGAGCGCCGUGCCCCGAGAGGGCUGCCUGGACGGUUGGGAGUACGACCGCAGCGUCUACCGCUCCACCAUUGUGACUGAGUGGGACUUGGUGUGCGGACAGCGAUGGAAGAAGCCGCUGACGUUUUCGCUCUUCUUUUGCGGCUUUCUGGUGGGAUCCUUCCUGUCUGGCCAGUUCUCUGACAGGUUUGGCAGGAAGAGGGUGCUGUUUGUCACCCUAGCGAGCCAGACGCUGAGCGCUUUCCUGCAGGUCUUUGUGCCCUCCUGGACAGCUUUCUGCGUCCUCCACUUUGUCACCGGCAUGUCCGGCGUCUCCAACUACUUGGCUGCUUUUGUUCUUGGAGCCGAGCUGCUCAGUCCUCGAUUGCGGUUGUUCUUCACCACGGCGGGCUCGUCCAUAUUCUUCGCCUUGGGCUACGUGCUGCUACCGCUCCACGCUUACUUCCUGCGAGAUUGGAGGACCUUGCUGCUGGGCAUCACCACGCCCGGCUUCCUCCUUUUAACUCUCUGGUGGUCCAUCCCCGAAUCGCCUCGCUGGCUGCUAUCUCAAGGAAGGAUCGCCGAGGCCGAGGCUAUCGUCCGACUUGCCGCAAAGAGGAACAAAAUGGAGGCGCCGGCCAAAAUCUUCACCACUUUGCAGAAAGAAGGUGACUCGGAAAUGAUGAAGUACAACAUGUGCGACAUGCUGCGCUCUCCUAACGUCCGCUGGAUGUCUGUUCUGCUGUGGUUUGUCUGGAACACCAUCGCCGUGGGCUACCUGGCGCUGUCGCUCAACACGUCCAACCUGCACGGCAACGCCUACCUCAGCUGUUUCCUGUCGGGGGCCGUGGAGAUCCCCGCCUAUCUCCUCACGUGGCUCAUGUUCCGCCGCUGCCCGCGUCGACUCACCUUGGCCGCUUGUCUCGCCUCUUCGGGAUUCUUCCUUCUGGUCAUCCAGCUGGUUCCGGCGGAUAUGCACUGGCUGGCGACGACUCUGGAGAUGUUGGGCAAGUUCAGCUUGACGGCAGCGUUCGCCCACAUCUACGCUUACACGGCGGAGCUCUACCCAACCGUGCUGAGGAACAUGGCCAUGGGCUCCUGCUCCAUGGCUUCCAGGAUAGGCAGCAUCCUCGCACCCUACAUCAUCUACCUGAGAAGCUAUUGGGUGUCGCUGCCAUACAUCCUGAUGGGCGUCCUGAUCACGACGGCGGCGUUGCUCAGCCUGCUGCUGCCCGAGACCUACGGAAUACCCUUGCCGGAAACCAUCGCUGAAACGCAGCCCUUUCCCGGGUGCUGCCGAAAGGAAGUCUACAAACCCACAGGCACCAAAGAAGAAGAGAGCCAGGAUGUCCAGUGAACCCGUAAAAUAUUGCUUGUAGAAAUCAUUCCGAUUAUUCUGUAAUGGAUUUGUGAUUGACAAAUUUAAUG